AUGAGAGCUCGUCCGGCUGACCCCUCUUGCCCAAGUGUGGUAGAGCUCCUCGAGCCGUCACAGGCAGUGGAGUUUGUGAGGAGAUGUGAUGUCUGUGAGGUGGACUUGCACACUAAAGAAGCUAGUGAUGCACACUUUUUGUCUGAAGAUCACGAAACGGCUCAGCUGACACUUCCUCUACCAACCGCAGUGCACGACGCCAUUGAUCACUCGAUGAUGCCUACGGCUGCUGUUCCAUUACAAAGGAAGGAUGAGCGAACAGAUUUCACAUGCAAGCUGUGUGGAAGGAAAUUUUUGGACAUGGAGCCGUUGGUGGCUCACAUUCGAUUAGAGCACGAACGUGAUCAUCCACCGGGAAUCACUCGUCCAGCAGCCAGGACGGCUCCGAUACACUAA